GUGAGCAUGUUCCGCAUCCAUAGCCAACCUUGAGGAUUUAACUUCAAUCGGACCGAUCAGCUAUAAUGGAUGCCCCCGGCUCUCCUCUCUUCUCCCGAAUCCGCCUCGCCUCUCCCUCCGACGUCCCUCACGUUCACAAGCUCAUCCACCAAAUGGCCGUCUUCGAAAAUCUCUCUCAUGUCUGCUCUACCACCGAGUCUGAUCUCUCCGCCAAUCUCUUCACCUCUCCGCCGUUCCAAUCCUUCACCAUUUUCAUUCUAGAAGUUUCCCCUAAACCCUUCCCCGAAAACUCUCCUCAUAACUCUAACCCUAAUUACAUCCCCGUCGUUCGCAUUCUCAAUUCCGACCAUCCGAUGGACGAUCCAGAUCGGGAAAUUUUCAAAUCAGAAGAUGAAAACGUUGUCGUUGCUGGAUUUGCUCUGUUUUUCCCCAAUUUUCCGGCGUAUACGGGGAGGCCAGGUUUGUUUCUGGAGGCUAUUUUCGUGCGGAAGUGUUACCGGAGGAAGGGGUUCGGAAAAAUGUUGCUGUCGGCGGUGGCGAAGCAGGCGGUGAAAAUGAAUUACUGUGAAGUGUUCUGGUUAGUGCUUAAUCGGAACGUGAAUGCCACUCGCUUUUACGAAGACAUGGGUGCCCAAAUCUUGCCGGAGUGGAGAAUUUGUAGACUCGCCGGCGAUGCUCUUCAGCUUCAUGAAAAUGAUAACUGAAACAGAGUAAUUUUUACUGUUUUUAUUUAUUUAAAUUAUCAUGUCUUAUCCAAACUUUUAAAAGCUUCUUUUAAAA